GAUGACGCAGAAGAACUACUACUCGACGAGGCAUUCAUGCUGUCUGCCGACGAGCUGGUCGGCGAUUUUGGAUGGCGUGCCAACAUCGAUGCUGCUCAGCUCGAAUCGCGCUUACUGGGCGAGCUGCACAAGCUCGAGUCAGAGAAUGUGCUGGAUAUGCUGGAGGCUGACAAGCAAGUACCAAAGAUUGUCAAGGAGCUCGACCAGGCGAUUGCACAUCUGGAGGAGAUGGACGAGAUGCUGCGGUUCUACAGCCUUGAGCUCGAGUCAAUGGACGAUGAUGUACGCAAGAUCCAGCUGGAGAACGAGAACCUGAAGAUCGAGGAGGAAAACCAGCAGCGGCUACUUGUGGAGCUAGAGAAGAUCCUAAAGACCAUCACACUAUCGGAGGAGGAGCUGCAGACUUUGCGAAACGAAUCUCUCGAGACCACCUCCGGCAUUGAGCGUGUCGAGCGCGUGGCGGCCUCGCUGAAGCGCAUGCUAGGAACAACGCCCAGCGGAAAUCUCGGUGGGCUGGAGGCUACCCAUGAGAAGCUGAAAAAAUACGAGUUUUAUAGCUCCAACUUUUCGACGCGUGUGUACGACUACCUCAAGGUCAUGUUCCAGUUCAAGGUCGACGGUGUCAUGAACGACAAAUCACGUCUUGGCGUUCGUGGGAUCCGCCUGCUGUCUGGUCCUGAUCCGGUACAUAAGGAAGUGAUCAAGUAUGUUGGACUCACACUCUGGCUCAAGGAGGCGAAGCCCUCAGCCGACAAGGAUCUGCAAGGCUUGUACCUACAGUGUAUGAACCAGCUAUAUACCCGACAGACCAAGGAACUGGUGGACUCGUGCCGACCGUACUUCUUCCGCUACCGCCAUGAUGUGAGCGCCGGCGGAACCAAUCCGAUCGCCGAGUUCUCAUUCUCAACCAAUGUAGGUGCUGUCUCUGGUGCCCCUUCCACUGCAUCCAACCGUAGACUCAGCCUUGACGGCAUCAGCGGCGCAGCCCAUAUGGCUCUGGCAGGAGUUUCGAAGAGUGGCAACGAUGCCAGCACAGCGGGAACCAUGGGCGUUACCCCGAGCAGCGAAAUGCAACCUGCCGAGGCGUUCGCCAAGGCGGUGAAGAACGUCGUUGCCAACGUGAUUGCCGAGCAGAACUUUGUGUCGGAUCUGUUCCACUACGUACCCGCCGCACACAUCCGUGCUGCGCGCCGUGGUCAAGCAAACGCUGCAGCAGCAUUGGCUGGAGACAACGGUGGUAUUGACGAUAUGCAAGUCAAGGAGGUCAAGAGCAUGCUGGACUUGCUGUUUGGAAAUCUAGUCUCCCAAGUCGACUCGAUGGUCGACAUGGGCACGCGAUUCGACCCGUCACAGGCGAUCGGCAUGCUUGAGGUUGUGUGCGAAGCGCUUAGUUUGUGCCGCGGCAGCGACCAGGGGUUCCUGCUUAACAUCCUGGAAAAGUGCCAUGACAAGCUUGAGAUGAUCUUCCAGAACUUUGUCUCAGAGCAAGCACGCGCCAUUGAAGCUACAAAGUUUGUGACCAAGAAGCGCGUUGGCGCGCUGCCUUAUGCACGGAUCUUCCCGAAAUUCGUUGCUCAUAUCGAGGAAUUGAUUGGUAACAGCAGCUCGGAGGCACGUACAAUCGUCGACCGGGCGUAUGGCCGCAUCUCGCGACUUAUCUUCGAUUCGCUGGACUCGCAGCUGCGUGAGGCCGAGCGGAAUGUGACGAAGCACUCGGAUGACAAGGAUGCGCUGAAGGAGCAGCUCAACACAUACGUCAUGCUGCUCGAGAACCUGUUUGUUCUGCUUAACGGCCUACAGCUGUUCCGUACGGGCACUGCCAAGCCGUACUUCAAGCCGACAUUGGACCAGUACAUUGAGCAGGCACAGACCCUGCAGCGUAAGGUGACCGCAGCCUAUAACCGCGACAUGCUGAAGCGGCCGAUGGGUAAAAUGCUUGACUUCUUUGAUGCCGUUGAGCGCGCUCUGGCGUCGAAUAGCAACCCGCUGAACCUACCGAACCUGAGCAAGUCGCAGCUUAAGAAGGUGAUCCAGUCGCACAACAGCAGUGCGAUGCGCGAGAGUCUGAAGCAGUUGUAUAAGCGUGUCGAGAAGCACUUUGUCAACGAGCCACGCCUGAAGCCAAUUGUGUGGAAGGCGAUGACGGAGGAUGUCAUUUCCAACUACCAGCGCAUUGUGACGUUGCUGGCCAGGGCGUACCAGAGCACCAACAUCACGCUUGAAUAUACUCAGGCCGACCUC